GUUUCUGGCGUUUAUGUAACGCUACUCGUCGUCUAAGCGCAGAAACACACCAUAUAUAUGAUAUAACCGCAAAUGCGAGCUCAACCUAUAUAAACGCUACUCUCUCAUUUCCUUUCCCUCGCUACUUUUAAAACACAGUCUCUCUUGCUUGUCUCUUUAAUCUUUUCUCUCCUUUGUUUUUACUGCUGGACAUGGCUACUUUUGGUGCUGCAGCGGCUGCAAAUCCAAACCCCAACAAAUCUUUUGAGGUGGCGCAACCUCCUAGCGACUCAGUUUCGAGUCUCAGUUUCAGUCCCAAGGCCAACCACUUGAUUGCUACUUCUUGGGACAACCAGGUAAGAUGUUGGGAGAUUACGCGGAGUGGAACCACUGUAGCAAGUGUGCCCAAGGCAUCCAUAACACAUGACCAACCGGUUUUAUGCUCCGCCUGGAAAGAUGAUGGAACAACAGUAUUUUCUGGAGGUUGUGACAAGCAAGUGAAGAUGUGGCCUUUACUGUCUGGUGGUCAACCAGUGACUGUUGCAGCACAUGAUGCACCAAUCAAAGAGAUUGCAUGGAUUCCGGAGAUAAAUCUGUUGGCCACAGGAAGCUGGGAUAAGACCUUGAGGUACUGGGAUACAAGGCAACCAAAUCCAGUGCUCACGCAACAGCUUCCUGAACGCUGCUAUGCUAUGACCGUGCGACAUCCUUUGAUGGUUGUUGGUACUGCGGAUAGAAAUCUUAUAGUCUUUAACCUGCAACAACCUCAGAAUGAGUUCAAGAGAAUUGUUUCUCCCCUGAAGUAUCAGACAAGAUGUGUUGCAGCCUUUCCUGAUCAGCAAGGUUUCCUGGUGGCUGCAAUCGAGGGUAAAGGGUUUGGUGUACAUCAAUCUAAUGAUGCAAGCAAGUCCAAGAACUUCACUUUUAAAUGCCAUAGAGGCAAUGAAAUAUACUCGGUCAACUCCUUAAAUCUUCAUCCGGUGCAUCAUACGUUUGCAACCGCAGGGUCUGAUGGUGCUUUUAAUUUUUGGGACAAGGAUAGCAAACAAAGACUUAAGGCGAUGACUCGGUGCCCUCUUCCUAUACCCUGCAGCACUUUCAACAAUGAUGGCUCAAUAUUUGCAUAUUCGGUGUGUUAUGACUGGAGCAAGGGUGCAGAAAAUCACAACCCGCAAACAGCAAAGACCUACAUCUAUCUGCAUUUACCACAGGAAUCUGAGGUUAAGGGCAAGCCACGUGUUGGAGCAAGUGGUAGAAAGUAAAGCUGCAUAUCAUCAGAAGUAAAUUGCCAGUUUUUUACCUGAAGCAUUUUCUUUUAACCUCUUCCCAUUGUCAAUACCUGGUUUUUGACGUAGAUUGUUCUUCAGAGUACAGGAGUCUCUGCUAGUGAGAUAGGUUGCUCAUAUAGAUUGUAAUUGCAUGUUUUUCCUACGUAGUUUUCAGAUCCCAAUACUCAAUUCACUGUUUUGAUGGUUUAACAUAGCGUGACAGUUUGCUACUCAGCACCACAUGUAUGUUUGAGUUUUUUGUAGUAGUUACUGGUUAGGGUUUGAUCUGCCCCUUGGCAAAGUUCCAAGGUUUCGUUCUCAGUUGUUGUUGCAAUUCCAAUUCCUUAUACAAGAUUCCAUAUAAUGAUUUCAACUCA